GAGAGUGCCUCGGUGGAAGGAAGCAUUCGCCGUUGCAGCAUAGUUGUAUGUAUCUCCGGUCAGUCUCGAUGACCCGUCGCGACUCAAGGAAGACAAGCCUGAUCAACAUCAGCAGCAGCUCGAGUGUGUUGUGAGUGGGCAUGGUGCUGGUUUCGAGUCGACUGAGUUUCAUCUGCCAGUGGGAAUACACUCACCCAUACUGAAUCACUCAUACAGCAAGCAACCAAGCAUCUCUCACUAAAACUCUGAGCAUUUCAUCCCUCUCCCUCCAAGGAAAUCCUCGAGACAGCAAGACCAACUUCUCAAGAUACCAAUUCCCUUCCCUGUUGUACCACCCGCCAUGGAUUAUCACCCUCCAGCCUCGACUAUCCAAGCCCAAGCUCAGCAGCAGAGCAUGGCCACCCCCGAGAGCCGACAUCGAUCCAAUAGCCAUCAGCCCUCACCCAAGCAUUAUCCCCACCAUCCAUCCCGCCCCGCCCCUCGAGCCCGACCGGGCCCACUCAGCCUCAGCCGAUUCCUCUGGAACCCACUCCGGCGCACUCAAAGGGCACCCUUCCUGCCUAUCAGUGGUACCACCCCCCCACCUGACUCUCUCGGUCGGUCGGCUCCCUCCAGGCCCAACCAGGCCGGCAUCGGCUUCCUACUCCUACUCGCCGGAAUCUCGUGCUAUCUCCUACUCGUCUCACUCAUCGACCAGCCCAACUCACUCCAACUCGACCCGACCAUCGACCCAACAACUCUCCUACUCCGGCCUCCCGGUGACCCACGCAAGCCAAUCGAUCUUACCCAUCCAAAUCGAGCCUCCGUCGCCCUCAGCCAGAGUCUCAUCCAGCGUGAAAGCGGAUUCUAUCUACGCAUGCAGCAUGCCAUCCAUCCCAAUAUCACCAGCCUCAACUCCUCCUCACUCGUUCGAGCCAUCGAAUUCGCCCAGAAACAUCUCAGCGAAGUCGACAAGAUUGAUCAGCCUGAGAAAUGGUAUGUGUCCGACCAGGCACUAGUUCAGAACCGACCGGCCUCCCGGUUUCACUGUCAGCCCAACUCGCCUACUCUGCUCUUCCUCGGCAUCUUCACCACCCCAUCAGGAUUCGAGAAACGCAACCUGAUCAGGACACUCGUCAAGGCUGACCUGCCACCCAACGCGCUCAUCGAGCUCAAGUUCAUCUCCGGCGAACCCAAGAACGAGAACUGGAUGGAACUCAUCAAGGCCGAACAGGCCCUCCAUCACGACCUCGUCAUCAUCAAAGACUUGGAGGAUAAUAUCGAUCUCGGCAAAACUUAUCAGUUCUUCAAAUGGAUCUCCCAGAGGGAGAAAAGACGGCAAGAUCUGCAUCUUCAUCAUCAAUUGCCUUCGACUGAUUCAUUGCCAGAAUCCGAACGAGUCCGUGAUCAACUCGGGCUCAACGGAUGGCCCGAACACUCCCUCGACUCUUCCAUUGAUGAUCGAGAUCCCAGGAAAGUGGUCUAUGGCAAACCGAAAUUUGUCAUCAAAUCAGACGACGAUACUUUCUUGGUUAUACCUAAUUUACUUAAGGCAUUCAAAGAUUUAGAUUGUCAGAAAAAUUUUUAUUGGGGGACCAGUCAAGGAUCCAGUAAACUGUUUGAUCCGUAUUUUAGAGGUCUUGGAUAUGGACUAAGUUGGCCACUUGUUGAAUGGAUAGGCACGUCGAAUAUGAGUUUGAAAUCUCAAGUGGGGAUCGAAGAUGCACGAGUGGGAGCCUGGCUGACGGAUCUGGAUCCGGUCGCGGAUCCCUUGGUGAGGAUCAAUGAGGGAUGGAAGAUGGCGGAUUGGAAUCAAGUGGAGAUCGACAAGGAGGUGAUCGCUUUGCAUUGGUUAAAGAAUACCGAAUGGUUUCCGAUGAUCAGACUCAAGGUGAUCAAAGUUUGGGAAUCCGCUCAUCAAGCGUAUCGAUGGGAUUAUUUCCUAUGAACAUCUACUUCUUGAAACAUGCAUCCAAGAAGCCUCAAGCCGCCUAUAUUGACCAGCC